AUCCGUUGAAAUAAUCAACGGCUCAUGAACCCUUCAACUCUCCUCUCUCUUUCUCUCUCUCUCCCCCACCAAAAUCUCCUCUGCUUUUUUUCUAAUAAGAAGCGAACCAAAAAUAGAAAGAAGCAGAGAAGUCCGCUUCACAGAGAGAGAAGAUGAGCGAGAGAAAUCUCAACAGCAAACGAGAAUCGCGAGAGCUUGAAGCUUCAAGCACAAGCGUCUCCCCACUCCAGAAGAAGAAGAAGCUCGAUGAUUCUUCAGCCGACUCUCAUGCCGUCGUCCUCGCGAUUCCCUCUCCUUCCGUAGCUUCAACGCAAGGUAGAUACUCUGUCACCUCUGACGACGAUGAUAAAAGCUCUAUCGUCAGCUCCGGCUGUUUCAGCAGUGAAUCGAACGAAACCGUGAGGAACAAUCCAUCCUCUGGUGUAGAUCUGGAGGAUACAGUGAGCGAGGCUUUGGGAGAAACAACAGAGACGGAAAUGGAAUCAUCAUCGCCGGCGUUAAAGAGGGAUAAUAAACCACCGGGAGUGAGCAAGAUUCCGACGGCUGAGGAGGUCGAAGCAUUCUUAUCGGAGCUAGAAGGCGGCGAGGAUAAACAAAAGCGAUUCAUAGAAAAGUACAACUUCGAUAUCGUCAAUGACAAACCGCUUCAAGGUCGUUACAUGUGGGAUCGACUCAAGCCAUGAAAGCUUGAAAUAAAUUAGCAUGUGGAGGAAAAAAGAGGAAGUUAGGUUAUUUUCUACUUGUAUUCCACUUGUACAGCUCUUUUUUGGUAAUCAGUUUUAGCCUAUGUUA